UCGACAUCUAUAAUUUUGUGCCUAUAAAAUGGCUGCACUUCGUCAGAAAAGUUUAAACUCUCGCAGAAUAAAAUCAUGCUUUCUCCACUGCACCUACUUCUAACAACACUAACCGCCGUGACACUGCUUGUAUCAGGGUGUCAGCUGCCACCCCAAGAUUCACCUAUCACCUGCUCGGCACUCAACAGCUUCACCAACUGUCUUGUUAAACAUUACUUGAGCAUUGGCAGCCCCUUCGGCUACAUCACCAACGAUAUCAUCGACGCUGCUAGAAACGGAUCGAAGACCAUUUGCCAGAUGAAAUGUGAUAUUAAAAACGAGGCCAAAAUUAACCAAGAAGACCAAAACUUGUCCAAAGAGAACCAACUUUACAAGAACUGCGCGUUCGAUUUUUUCCUAAAAAAUGCCAAGAGAGUUCAGCACGCAUGCGUAAAGUUACCGGAACUGGUAACUUGCUUGUUAGAAGCAUCCAAUUUUUCCAGGUCAAAAACUGCCAAUACCAUCGGACAGUAUCUCAUGAUCCAGAUUAUACAGAAUCAGUUGGGUGUCAAAUGUUCACGCCAAAAAAAAGGAGUUACUAGAGAACUUAAAAAACAAUACGGAUCGGCAAUCGAGAAGAAGAGCACGAAACAAAAGAAUAUAAUUUAAAUCCUUGACAACGAAUGCUGUAUAUUGUAAAAAGCUUUAAACCUUGUUUUUAAAUACUAAUAUAAAUACUCUGUAAUGUCUAAAUUAUCGCCAUUUUUAGAGUUGUGAGUAAAAUGUACAUUAGAUCAACGUGAAGGCCGUCACCCAGCGUUUCUUUCAGGCAUCUCCAGGUGGCAUUUGAAAAUCUCGUGUGGGUGGUGGCAAUGGUUUAAGUAGUCUAUAUUUUUAAAAUAAAUAUUUAAUAUUUGUCUUCGUUCGCAAAGAAGGCUCUGGCCGUAACCACCUCCCACCUACCCCGGAAGAGGUGCCUGAAAGAAACACUGCCGUAUGUAGUUUGAGCAAAGUCCGGUGACGGGUGUAUUAGGUAAAGAAGUUGAAAAUGUACUCACAUUAAAAGCUUUGUUAAAUGUGCUUCACAAUUGUAUGCACACAAGUGUACAUUUUAUAUCGUCUUUGCUAUGUCAAUAUAAACAUGACGAUCUGAAUAACUUAGUGAGAGAUUAUUAUAGAAAUUGUUUGACAGAUAGGCCUAACUGGCAUGUAGUUUUGAGAGGCAGUAGGUAGGUGUUGUAUGACAGAUCUAGUUUAAUGACCAAUCCAGUAUUGUCCAACUACAGCUUUUCUGUAAUUCAGUCCCAACAUGUGUGUCAAACAAAUAUUUUCCCCCUACUUUUUCUAUGAAGAAUUUUUGUAUCUUAACUCAAUGUACAUGCACAUCAUUCCAUUUUAAGGCAUCAAAGGUUUAUCAAUCUUCAAUGGCUUCAUUUAGGCAGCAAUAACGCACAAGCUUUGUUAUGAACAAACAUUUCUCCACAGUUUACUCACUAAUUUAUGCAUUCAUUUACAAGUGUAUAUAUUUUAUAAUUAACAAUAUUGUUAAAUUUUGUGAUUGUGAUAUGCGUGUAUGGUCAACUUGUGUAUUCAGAGGUGUCUUUACAAGACAAACCUUUUGAGGGGAAGGGUAUAUCAUUCUGAACCUGACACAUAAUCAAAAAGUUGAUAGCCAUUCAUUUAUAUUGUAUAGAGUUUUUCACAGUUGAUAUUGCCAGUUAAAUUAUGUGUGAAACGUUAAUUAUGCUGCUGUUUUCAUUCAAAUGUUUAGUUAAUAAAAGUGUUUGAUUUUAAUUUUUUUUUUUAAAUAUAAUAAAAUGCUGAAAAA